AUGGCUCCUGUCGCCGCCUUCCUUCUGUCCGUGCUCUCUGCGCCGGGCGCACGCGAGACGCUCUUUGCCUCUGCCCCUGCGCCGUCGCCAUCUCCGUGUCCGGACGCGGUCUUCGACCAGCUGACGGUGGCGGAGCAGCUCACGAUCGAGGGGAUGAUGGCACCUAUGGGCGUCUCGUUCGAGGCCUGGGGCAAGUGCACGAACGAGAACUGCUCGACGAUUGCCAAGAUCGCGCUCAAGAAGCCGCCCAAGUCGGAGGUGCUCGCCUACUUUGCCGGCGGGCCGAAGCCGAAGCGCAUCGCGACCUUCUGGUGGCUGCAGGCCCGCCUCCGCAUCGCGCAGAUCCUGGAGGUGGAGAUGCCCAUCGGCCCGAACUCGAUGCCGACCGUCGUGAGGACUGUGCCGUGGGAGAACCGCCCGUUCGUCUACUGGGACCAGUACCACCGGGCCCAGCGCAACGCGUUGGUCGAGCCGCUCCUCCCGCUGAUGGACCCGAUCGUGAACUCCCUCAUCCCGUCCCCCUCGAUGCUGGCGUCCCUCGACGCCGCCAACGAGACGUGGUCCCCCAAGGCCUCUGUCAGCGGCGGCGCCACGUCCGUGCCCGGCUCGACCACCAAGAUCCGCCAGUACCUCGGCCGCAUCGACAUCAGGGCGGGCCACGGCGCAAACUACUUCAAGGAGGGCCCCGUCACAUUCGUCAUGGAGUUUGACUGGGACACGGAGGAGCUCGUUAUCAAGGACAUCUCGUGGUGCCCGGGCGCCGGCAACCCGAUCUUCAACUCCGUCGCGGAAGUCCUCGCCGCCAACGCUUCCGGGACCCUCAAGAUGUGCACGGUCGACACGGUUUGGUACGGCGACACCAAGGCGUGGAUGGAGCCCGAGCCGCCAUUCGUCGAGGCGGCAAUCCCUCCCCAGAUCUACUACCCGGAGGGCCCCCGCUUCUCCGUCUCGGGCCGCACCGUUUCGUGGAUGGGCUGGGACUUCCACACCGACAUCCACGCCAUCGAGGGCAUCCACAUCUCGAACCUGCGCUUCAAGGGAGAGCGGAUCGCCUACGAGAUGUACGCUGCCGACUUUACCGCGGUCUACUCGGGGGCGUCCACGCGCAAGGACAUCUUCUACUCGGACGGCGGCUGUGCGUAUAGCGCCCCCUGCCCUUCGCCCCCUCCGCUUACUGGCUACGCCGUCGGCUCCUACGUCAUCCCGGGCAACCUCAACAAUGACAAGAUGGCAGAGUUCUGGGGUGCCAAGGUGUCCGAGUCGUCGCUCGGCGCAAUGCACACGCACUCCGUGAGCUACAAGAUCGACCUCGACAUUGCGGGGCUUGAGAACUCCUUCAUGACCAAGAAGCCCGGGUACAAGUCGAGCCAGUAUGUGGCCGCGGCCGACAACUCGUUCUACAUGAAGGCCACGAAAAUCACUUCGGAGGGCUUCUGGGACAACGACGGCGACAGCGAGUGGACCCCACCUGAAGCCUGCCUCUCCUCGGACGCCUCGACCAAGUUCAUCGUGUACAGCCCGACGCAGAAGAACUACAAGGGCAACAAGCGCGGCUACAAGAUGUCGGUGCCCGGCAGCCCGCCGGUGCUUUACCCCGAGGGCGACCCGUACCUGCACAUCCAGAACUUCACCAAGUGCGACAUCGGCAUCACCAAGUACUCGCCGGAUGACCUCACGCCCGCGGGCCAGGCGAGCUCUGGACUCCGCCAAAUGGUGGUUUUUGGCAACCUGUACCCGGAGCCUGCCGCUCCCGGCACCGACAUCUCGCACUUCUUCAACGGCGAGAGCCUCGAGGAGGUCGACAUCGUGCUGUAUGCACACUCGACAAAGAUGCACUGGGUCGUGGCCGAGGACGUUCCCGUGCCGUCCACGAUGGGCAAGGAGCUUGCGUUUGAGCCCUACAACUACUUCGACUACAACCAGCUCAAGAACCUGCCGACGAACCAGUACGUGUACCCGUGCGCCGAGUGCAAACGCGGCGGCCGCACCACGGAGGAGGGCGAGGGCGGCGUCAUCCCCACGUGCACGCCUUGA